GCAACGUCACCGUGCCCUAACCUCUCCCGGGGAAAAUUCGAUUGACCGAAUGUUUUAAUUGAAUUAAUGUGUUAUUAUUGAUUUUAAUUUGUUUAGUGCGCGUAUUAGUAAAGGAGGUAAAAGGACGCUGUAGAGCGUUAUGUGGUGUUGUGAUGUCAGACGCGGAUUCGGACGGUGGAAAUCAGGUUCCAAUAGCAAGGGAACACGAUAACAACGAUGCUGAUGACACGACGAUCGAAAAAAAUUUGCCAGUUUAUAGUCUUAGUACAACCGCGUUCAUAGAAAUGUUGUAUUUCCUGAAGGAGUUGACGAUCCUUAUGUUGUUGUUCGUCACCUACGCGGCCCUCAACAACAUCGAACCACCGAUAAUGACCAGGAAUCAGGUGGCUCUUCCAUUUUUUGAGGUCAAUUCGAACAUCAGGGACUUCUUCCACGGCGACAUCAAACAAGCCCUCGCCCACACCCAUGAUUCGGAAGUCACCUUUGCUAUGCUAUAUGCUCCAUGGGAUGCUGCAAGCAAAGAAUCCCGCAGAGAGUUCGAAAUUUCCGCCGGACAGUUGCGUCGCGUGGCCACUUUCAUUGGAAUCAACUGUUGGCUUCCAGGCAGUACUUGCAAAAGGCAUUUCGUGAAUGCGAUUUAUGGUAAAUGGCCAAUUUUUUUCGUCUACUUGAACAGCGGAAAAGUAAUCGAGUAUAACGGACCAAAAAGAUCAGCUUACAUGAUUAGCUUUCUUGAGAGUAUCAUAAAUCCGUAUGUUCGUGUAGAGUCGAUAGAAGAUGUGUUGCCGCUUUUCGUUAAGCACGAGGCGGUUAUUGUAGCUCAGAUUGACUGCUCUCCCGGUAGCCGCAUGUUCCCUAAGGUCUACCAAGCAUCUCUCUCCAUGAUAUCGCAAGACCCUCUGAACAUAGCCAAGUUUGCCAUCAUGUGCACCAAAGGUCGUCAGCACAUGGAAUUAUUCGUAUGGAAUAACACUAUUUCCACACAAGAAGGUUCAAUGGAGCGCGACAUGGUUUCCGCACAUGCCAUUGUCAAAUGGGUUACAAAAAAUGUAGCGCAGGCAUUAUCUUGGCUAUCUCCAGUUGGCGUUAAGAGUAAUCAACUGGCAUCACAAAUAGCAGGACCUACUCUCAUCCUGUUUACACCAUACAACCCUCUGUUCCCAUCAAACGACCUUUACAGUUUGCUCAAAAUCAUAGCAAUCGAAUACAAAAUGUGCAAUAGUACUGAAAGCAUACCAUUUUACAUACCUCAACUAAAGAAAGAUAGACUUAAAAAUCAGCAACAGCAGGAAAUAUCAUUAGAAGAAUGUAUGAAAAAAAAAGGCAAGCGUGUUCGCCCUGCGACCAGCCAAAAUGGAAGUUUUAAAACAUCUAUUAUUGAAGAUGAGACUAAAUCAUCUAUUAAGUUGAUGGAAUUUUGGAAGUCGCACCGCUGCAAAAUCAUCAGAUUAGCGAACUACUAUCGGAAACCCUUAUACACAGACCACGAGAACACUGUGCGGUAUUUCCAUAAAUACAACACUUGCUCGGGGAACAGGAGUCUUGCAUUUAGAGCUAUGAACAGUAUGAGGUACUUUCACUUCGCACAGAGAUUGGGUGUGGAUACAGAGAAAGCUCCAAAUAAGACUGUAAUGGUCAUUUUAAAUGAGAAGAACGAGGCCCAUUACAGUUACCUUGGCAAAGUAACCACGGAAUCGAUAAUUCAGUUUAUAGCAAAUUUUACAGGGACUGGUAUCAACAGGGCAUCGUUUUCGAGCUCCAGUAGUUUUGAGUAUACGCACGUGUACAAAGUAUAUUCCCCUGAAUGUUUAAAGCCCAAUGUGAUUUGUAUCGAAGAAUUGUAUAGCGAAAAUUACCUAUCAACCAUUAACGAAGUUGGAAAGAAUGUAAUCGUGUUUUACUACUCAAAACAUUGCGCGAUGUGCAGCGGCGUUGCCCAUCAUUACAUAACCGCUGCCAAGAUACUCGCAAGUCUGAAACAUAAAAUCAAAUUCACAAGAAUCGACGGUGAUCUGAAUUCACUGCCAUGGGAAUACACAAUGGAAACGUAUCCUACAAUCAUUUUGUUCCCAUCCGUAUCGAAAUCUGAAAGCCGAGUUUUAGCACCAGAACUGCCGAUCACCGCUAAUAAUCUUUUGAGUUUCAUUCUGGCAAAUCUGAAGACUGCUUCAGAGCAGAUGCAAGUUAUGUGGGCCAUCUGCUCCUUCACUAAGAAUCCUAAAGAUCGUGAAGAAUGCGUGCGAACAUUGCGCGUGGAGAAUAUGGCUAUAAUUGGUAGAACUUUGAAGGAGUGGAGACUUUCGAUUCCUAGAAGAAAGAAAAAGAUACUUUUCAGGUUACAGCAUCUGAGAAGUUUGCAUUUACAGUUAGCUUUGGUUCCUAGCAACUCCUCCUUGGUCAUCGAAUUGCUGGAUAAACUAGGCAAACACGAGAGGCCAUUGAAAGCUGCACUUUGAUCACUCAAUUUACUAAUUGAACUAUAAUCGUCUCAUGGUACUUCAGGCAUAUAUGGAAAUGCGUUACGAACCAAUUGCUAACGAUAAAGUGGUAUGCGUUACGCAAAACUCUUCUAACUUGUAGUUGAAUUAUAAGGAAGAAUUAUAUCUAUACAUAUGUGUGUUUCCGUAAUCUGUGAUAAUAUAACUAAAUGUCUAAAUGUAUUUAAUAUGAAACCAAAAUAUAUCUUUUUUGUUUA